UCGAAGACCCGUUUGUUUAAAAUGCUGGACAAGACGCAUAGUAUUGUAUUUCUAAUCAAAAACAGCUGGAGAAAACAUGAUGCCGAGGAGUGUCCUAUCCAGGUGCGCGCGCUUGACGCAGCAGGUGCCUUUGGAAAGCGCGCGGUCCACCAAACACGGCGUCCACCGCGGGAUGUCCUCUGUGACCAUCCCGCCACCAGCGUGCAUGCUCCGGCCGCUCGAGGCUCCGUAUCGGUACCUGUUUGGACCAGGACCAUCCAAUGUGCCGCCUCGCAUUUUAGCGGCAGGAGGGAGACCUAUAAUAGGUCACAUGCACUCGGAAAUGUUCGGGAUAAUGAAUGAUAUCAAGAAGGGAAUUCAGUACGCUUUUCAGACCAGUAACAACAUGACGCUGGCCAUGAGUGGCUCUGGACACACAGCGAUGGAGUGUGCAGUCUUUAACAUUGUGGAGCCUGGAGAAAGUGUUCUUGUUGCCAUCAAUGGAAUCUGGGGAGAACGGGUCGCAGAAAUUGCUGAGCGGAUGGGUGCGAAGGUUCACACCUUGUUUAAAACACCUGGAGGACAUUUUACAAAUGCAGAAAUUGAACAGGCUCUGGCUAAACAUAAGCCAGUUCUUUUCUUUCUCACACAUGGAGAGUCAUCAGUUGGUCUGGUGCAUCCAGUGGAUGGCGUUGGUGAUAUUUGUCACAAACACAAUUGUUUGCUCUUAGUGGAUUCAGUGGCCUCUUUGGGAGCUGCACCGCUUUUAAUGGACCAACAAAAUAUUGAUAUUCUGUAUACUGGUUCCCAAAAAGCUUUGAAUGCUCCACCUGGCACAGCACCAAUUUCAUUCAGUGAAAGAGCAUGCCACAAGAUGUUUAACAGGAAAACAAAGCCAGUGUCCUACCUCCUUGAUAUGACCCACUUAUCCAAUUACUGGGGCAAUGACGGCAAGCCAGUAAGAAUAUACCAUCACACAGGACCUGUGUCUGGGUUCUUUGCUUUGAGGGAAAGUCUAGCCAUCCUUGCUGAAAUGGGUCUUGAAAACUCAUGGAGUCAUCAUACAGAAGUUGCAGAGUAUCUCUGGAAAGGUUUGGAAGACCUGGGCUUGAAGCUGUUCAUCAAAGAUAAGGAUCUGAGAUUACCCUCUGUCACCACCAUUGCAAUCCCGGAAGGGUAUGACUGGAAGGAAUUGCUGGCUUACAUCAUGAAGCAUCAUCAAAUCGAGUUUACAGGAGGACUAGGGCCCUCUGUUGGCAUGGUAUUGCGGAUUGGGCUCAUGGGAUACAACUGCAACAAGGCCAAUGCUGCGAUGGUUCUAGCAGCUCUGGAAGACGCUUUAAAGCAGUGUCGAAAAUCCAAAGCCUAAUGACUUGACUGCUGACCUAUAUGUUUUUGCAGUUUCAUAUGGUGAUGCUUGUAGAGUUAUUAUAUUAUGUUUCAUAACGGUUGGUAUAAUGAGGAAGAAUUUGAGCUGAUUAGAAAUCGUAAAUUGUGUCUCCUAUUGAACAAAACCAGAUGUUAUGAAUGUGUUUCUCAAUGUCCCUUUUAAAGUUUCGACAAGCAUCACUCCAGCACUUAAAUUACCUUUAUAAAAAUGUUACCAAGAAAUAAAUCAUAAAUACAAUUUCAUCA